AUGUGUAGACUUCACAACCAUGAGUUAGUUGCUACUCUAGAAAAUAAUGCAUUUAUGAGACGCUUAAAAGAAGAGGAUAAGAAACAUGUUGAUGAGCUGAUAAAGUAUCACGUUGCACUGAGACACAUCUUGUCAUCUUUAAGAGAUCGAGAUAAGGAGAAUGUGACUAAUAUCUCUCAAAUUUAUAAGCGAAGAAGCACAUACAUGAAGAAUUUGAAAGGACCUAGAAUUGAUAUGCAACAUCUGUUGAAGUUACUUGAAGCUAAGAAGUAUGCUAGUUGGAGUAGGAAUCAUGGAGAUUCCAACGUUGUGAGGGACAUGUUUUCGACGCACCCAGAUUUUAGAACUGUGUUGAACAUGUUCCCUCUUGUAUUGAUCAUGGAUAUCACCUUCAAAACCAACAAGUAUAUGUUACUAUUGUUUGAAACUAUUGGUGUAACUUCAACUGAGUUGGAUGUAACGUUGCAUUUUCUUAUAUGGAUUGUGAGCGUCAAGAAAAAAUUUGUUGGGCAUUGGAGAAGUUAA